CCAAAAUCACCGGUUCGAUAGUCCUACAUUACGUGAGAAUCUCACAUUGAAACUUCUUCGCUGUGGCCAUCUUCAGUUUAGGAGAUCAAAAUCAAAAUCAGAAUCAGAAUCAGAAUCCUAUCAAGUAAACAAAGAGAUGACGAAGAAGAUUGUAGGCACCGACUCAGAAAAAGAGAUGUUCCUCAAGGAAUUCGGCGAUGAUUAUGGCUAUCCCACCGCUCCUAAGAACAUCUAUGAGAUUCGAUCCACUGAGUUUAAGAGACUACUGGACAGUAAUCGUGUAUACUUGGAUCAUGCUGGGGCAACUCUUUACUCCGAGUUACAAAUGGAAGCCGUUUGCAAAGAUCUUACGUCUAAUGUCUAUGGGAAUCCUCAUAGUCAAAGUGACUCCAGCUUUUCCACCAGUGAAAUUGUGAGGAAAGCACGGGAACAGGUCCUUGAUUUUUGUAAUGCAUCCCAUAGAGACUAUAAAUGCAUUUUUACUUCCGGAGCAACAGCUGCACUUAAGCUUGUCGGUGAGGCCUUUCCCUGGAGCAAUCAGAGUACCUUCAUGUACACUAUGGAAAAUCACAAUAGUGUUCUGGGAAUCAGAGAAUAUGCUCUCAGUAAGGGAGCAACAGCAAUUGCAGUAGAUGUUGAAGAGUCUGCAUUUGAUACUGGAGUUUCUGGUAGCCUUUCAUCCUCAAUUAAGGUACUACGACAUCCUAUUCAGAGGAGAAAAGAAGCUAUCCUUCCACCAGAGGAGCUUAUAGGGGAUGUGCACAAUCUAUUUGCCUUCCCAUCAGAAUGCAACUUCUCAGGCAUGAGAUUUAGUCUCGACUUGGUGAACAUUAUAAAAGGGGACUCGGAGAGAAUUCUGGAAAGCAGGGGAAACUGGAAGGUUUUAAUUGAUGCUGCAAAGGGAUGUGUAACCAAACCACCAGACUUAUCAAAGUAUCCGGCAGAUUUUGUUGUACUCUCAUUUUAUAAGAUGUUUGGUUAUCCAACUGGACUUGGAGCUCUUAUUGUCAGUAAUGAAGCUGCCAAAUUACUCAAGAAGAAUUACUUUAGUGGAGGCACAGUGGCUGCAUCAAUUGCAGAUAUUGAUUUUUUCAAGAGGAGAGAAGGUGUUGAAGAGUUCUUUGAAGAUGGCACCAUGUCAUUUUUGAGCAUAGCAUCCCUUCAGCAUGGAUUCAAAAUAUUGAGAACAUUAACAGUUUCUUCAAUAAGCAGGCACAUGGAUUCACUUGCCAAUUAUGUAAGGAGAAAGCUUGCAACAUUGAGGCAUGGAAAUUGUGAGCAUGUCUGCGUACUUUAUGGGAAAGCUAAGUCAAAGGUUCUAUUUAAUGAACCCGGAUCUGUAGUCUCAUUCAACGUGAGAAGACCAGAUGCAUCUUGGUUUGGACAUCAUGAGGUGGAGAAAUUGGCUUCUCUAUCUGGAAUUCAGCUGCGGACAGGAUGCUUCUGUAAUCCUGGUGCAUGUGCAAAGUAUCUUGGCUUGUCGCAUUUGGACCUUGUUUCAAAUAUUCAGGCAGGGCAUAUCUGCUGGGAUGAUCAAGACGUAAUAAAUGGAAAACCAUCUGGAGCUGUAAGAGUGUCUUUUGGUUACAUGUCUACAUUUGAAGAUGCAAAGAAAUUUAUUGAUUUCAUUGUCAGUUCCUUUGUGUCAUUGUCAUCUCCACUAGGAGAUAUAUCAAGAACCGGAUCUAUACCUUAUCUUGCUGAAGAACAAGGCAAAGUUAUUCCAAGAUAUUACUUGAAGUCUAUUAUUGUCUAUCCAAUAAAGUCAUGUGCUGGGUUCAGCGUCAAUAACUGGCCAUUAAGUGACACUGGCUUGCUGCAUGAUCGAGAAUGGGUUCUCAAAAGCUUAAAUGGGGAAAUUCUUACACAGAAAAAGGUUCCUGAUAUGCGCUUUAUUAAUACAUUUAUUGACUUCGAGUCGGGAAUGUUAUUGGUCGAAUCCCCGCAUUGCAAGGCUAAACUGCAGAUUGGGCUUCUUUCAGAUCCUUUUACAGCUGAAAGAGACAAAUCGUUCCCACAUCAAGGAAGGUACAAUGGGCAACAUUACAAUGAUGAAGUUGACAGUUGGUUUAGCAGUGCUAUUGGUCGACCUUGCACUUUAGAAAGAUCCAUCAGCUCGAAUGAGCGUUCUUGCAUGAACAAGGCUAGAAGAGGAGGAAAUUCCACAGAUAUGGAGGCCAAACUGAAUUUCGUUAAUGAAGCACAGUUCUUAUUAAUAUCUGAGGCAAGCAUAUCAGAACUAAACAACAGAAUAGACUCAAAUAUCUCCUCAUAUGGCCAUGGACCUCGACUUGAAGUUGAUUCAAUGAGAUUCCGUCCCAACCUUCUCAUAUCGGGUGGUGAACCAUAUGCAGAAGAUGGAUGGAAGAGUCUUAAGAUUAAGGGAAAAAAAUUCCAGUCAGUUGGUGGAUGCAAUCGUUGCCAGAUGAUCAAUUUGGAUCCCCAAGCUGGAUUGCAGAAGUCACCAGAGCCUUUGGCCACUUUAGCGUCCUACAGGAGGAUGAAAGGGAAAAUUCUAUUUGGAAUAUUACUAAGAUAUGAGGGCACGGAUGCAGGGAAAGACAAAGAAACAUGGCUUGAAACAGGAGUGGAAGUGCAUCCUCGUACAGACUAACAACAUAAGAACUGUAUGUUUCUGAUAGUACAUCAUAAUAAGUAUAUCACAUGAAGAGUUAAAUUACAUUUAAAAUCCAAAUAUAUAUAUAUAUGUCUAAGAAGAGAUAUGGUUGUUAUAUUUAACUAGUACCAAUAAUUCACCAUGUUAUCAUCCUAAUGUGUCCAGAGCCAAAUGACUAAAAUAUUGGAUUAUUUGAAUUUUACAGCACAAUAAGGUUUUCAU